ACACAGGUCUAUAAUUAUUGGGUUCUUUACUAUCACCGGAUUUAAACAACGGAACUACUUUACUGUGUUUUAUGAUCCGGAAAGACUCUUUGGUCUAUGCUGGUGUUAAAUAUGAAAGCUAAAUAAGGCGCAAUAGUUUCGAUGAUAGAACUACAGACUUUUACAAUCUCUCAUCACAAGCCUUCACGACGUACGUAACUGAAAUUUUAGGUGAAGUAAUGUUAAUAUGCAAUCUUAUAAAUCUCCACUACGUCACGUUUAAGAACUUGUUCCACUACGAGUACACCAAAUAUUAUUUUCAAUGAACAAUAGUCAAGCGAUUUGAUACAUUGGACAUUCUGGACCUGGAUACGGAUAGACAACUUACAACUCAAAGUAAGGAGGUGUAUGAAGGAUAAAAAUGUAUUUAAUGUGCAAAGUACUGUUUAUGUUGCUCAUAAGUCAAGUGUAUAGUUCACCAAGGAAGAAAUCUUAUUCGGAAAUAAAAUCGUGUAAUGUUGGUAAUUUAGCGGAAGAAAUUGCGUCCUAUGACAGCGUAGUACGAGAUAUUAUGGACUACGUGGUGUCCGGCCCGUUCAAAAGGAAGACCUAUAAUGAACUCGAGAAAUUUGUCGACAAGUUUGGAGCUCGGAUAUCGGGGUCGCAGGUGUUGGAAGAUUCUAUUGAUUAUAUGAUCAAGCUGACUCAGGAUGAGGAUUUCACUGAUAUAGUUACUGAGGAGCUGGAGGUUCCUCAUUGGGUAAGAGAACAAGAAAAAAUUACUAUGUUGAAACCCAGGUCAAAGAAUAUUGCAGUAUUAGGUCUCGGUACAAGCAUAAGCACUCCGCCCGAAGGUGUAACAGCUGACGUUGUCGUGUUUUCCAAUUUUGAAGAGUUCGAUAAAGCUUCUAUUGAAGACGUUAAAGGAAAAAUAGUUCUGUUUAAUCCAAUCUUUACAACAUAUCACGAAACAUCUCCAUACAGAACUCAUGGAGCUGCAAGGGCAGCGGAAAAGGGAGCGGUUGCAUCAUUAAUUAGAUCGAUUACCCCAUUCUCCAUUAAUUCACCUCACGCUGGUAUGCAGCACUAUUCUGAAAAUGUCACCAAAAUCCCUACCGCGGCCAUUACGUUAGAAGACGCAGAUUUGAUAAAAAGAUUCUAUAACAGAGGCGAGAAAGUUGUACUCAAUAUAAAAAUGCAUAGCUCCAUUGAGACUAAAACAUCUCGGAAUACUCUUAUAGACUUAAAAGGAACUAAGAACCCAGAAAAGCUUGUAAUUGUUUCGGGUCACAUUGAUAGUUGGGAUGUAGGCCAGGGCGCCAUGGAUGAUGGUGGUGGCCUUUUUGUAAGUUGGGCUGCUCCUAUAAUAUUAAAAAGACUAAAUUUAAUACCAAAAAGAACUGUUAGAGCCAUAUUUUGGACAGCUGAAGAGUUGGGAUUUGAAGGUGUUAAAGCCUAUAAAGAGAAACAUAAAAACGAAAGCCACAAUAUAAACUUUAUUAUGGAGUCUGAUGAAGGAACAUUUGCGCCACGAGGGCUGUCUGUAGCUGGAACUCAAGAGGCUCGUUGCAUCAUUGCUGAAAUUUUAAAAUUAUUUGAAUCUAUAAAUGCUUCUACUCUAAUUGAAACUGACAGACCUUUGUCUGAUAUAGCUUUUAUUGUUCAAAAUGGUAUUCCAGGAGCUAGUCUUCAUAAUGCAAAUGAAAAGUACCAUUGGUUUCAUCAUACGGAAGGCGAUACAAUGAACGUCGAAAACCCUGAAGAACUUGAUUUAUGUACGGCUUUUUGGGCUGCGGUUGCCUACAUUAUAGCUGAUAUUUCUGUUGAUAUACCUCGAUAAAAAAAUUUGAAUAACUUGUGAUUAAAUUUUAUAUUGUGAAAA